AUGUCAUUGGUUUCUGCAAUCCAUGAAAGGAAAGAAACUACCAAGGAAACUACUACCGCGACCACCACCGCUGGUAGGACAACUGGCUCUGUGAAGAAGAACUCCGUACAAUCAUCAUCGAGAAACAAUUCCUUGACUUCCAAUGCAAGCAUCGUUUCCAAAAGAUCUUCAAUAUACCAAACUGCAGGAGAACCCCUAAGUAGAGAAGCUCUAUAUAGAGCAAGAUUAAAAUAUGGAUAUUAUCAAUCUCCAGCAAAGCAAUCGAAUCUUGGUGUCUCUAAUGCAAAACUGGCUUCCGAUACAGCUGCAUACUUAGCUAAUGAAAAUACAAAGUCCAUACCAGAGACACACACACAAACAAGAAAUAGAAGUUAUUCCAUGGAUAAUAAUAAUAAUAAUAAUAAUAAUAACACGAAUAUUACAUCCCCAUCAGGACAUGCUGCAUCUAGAGCAUAUUCAAUGACUAUUACAGGGGCUACAGUUUCAUCUCCUGUAAAGGCUCCCAAUCCAAAUACCAAUAAGACUUAUUCUAUAAACUCAGCAAGUUCUGCUUUAAAAGCAUCAUACUUAAACAUAACUUUGAGAGAACAACAAAGACAAGAAAGGGAACAAGAUGUAGCUAAUGUGAAAAAAUCAUUAAAUUUAACAAAAGUGUUACAAGGAGCUCAAUUGAAAGCUGAAUCUCGUAUUAAAGAUCGUUGGGAACCACCUGUCCAUUCUUCAUCUCAUGGAAUCAAAACUAAUGCAGCUGAGUAUAAUAAUAAGUUCAAAUUGACCAAAGGUGUUAUGUCAGGGAUCGUAUCACAAGUGGAUUUGUCUCAUGUGGAUGAAAGGAAAAGAUUGGAAGCUGAUAAGGCAGAAUCUGUGAAAUCAAUGGGGUUUGCUAGGAAUGCUGCUCAUGCUAUUAAGGAUUUGGAAAAACCUUCCACAUCAAUUGAUGAAGAUUUGGAAGCUAAACGAAAGCAAAGAGAUGUUUAUUUGAAACAAUUGACCUCUUCGGAAGUCUUAUCCAUGGCAAGAGCAAAUGUGGAUAGGGAAUUGAAAUUGAUUGCUGAUUCUGAUUAUCAAACUAGAUUGUUUAGUAAUGAAGAAUUUAAUAAAGCGGCUGUUGUAACAGCUCAAGGAAAUUUGGCUAAAAAAGUACCUUAUCAUAAUAAGAUUAAUAUGGGUGGUGGAUUAUGGUUAACUCCAGAGGAUAUUCAAAAUAUUGCUAAAGAUUUGGUGGAACCUGUUCUUGGUGAAGUCGACACUAGAGCUAAAGAACAACGUGCCAUGGAUGAAGAUUUAGCUAAGAGGAACUUAGAAUAUAAAAAUGGGAUUAAUGAAUGGAAUAAUUUACAAAGAACUAAAUUGAACAAUAAUGCUAAAUUCCCGCCUAUUGAAUUGGCAAGACAAACAAAGGAAAAGGAAGAUUUACAAAAAAGUUUGGCUGAUAAAUUCAAUGAAAUGGUUGCCAAGAUGGAAAAGGAACUUGAAUUAAAACGUCAAGAAGUCGCCGAGGCAAAUAAACAUCAAGAAGAAUUUGCUAAAGAAAUGGAACAGAAAAUUGUUGAUGAACAAAUACGUAUUGACAAUGAAUUUGAUAAUUGGAAGGCUAAAUGCGAAUCUGACUUGACAACAACUCGUGAAGAACAAGAAUUGUUAUUAAAACCAUAUUAUCUUGAUUUACAAAAUGCUCAAGCUAAACAUGAACAAUUACUUGAAGAAAAGGAUCAAAUUGGUAAUAAGAUUGAAAAUUUGAAUUCACAAAUUUUAUUACAUAAAUCUAAGAUUGAUCAAUAUGGGAAAGAUAUUGAAGGUCAAGAAAAUCAAAAGGAAAGAGAACAUGCUAAAUUAGACGAUUUAGAUCAAAAGAAGGAGGAAUUAGAAACUGAUUUAAAUGAACAUAUUAUUACAUUGGCAAACAAGACAAAGGAAGAAGCUGAAUUAUCAUCCAAACAAGCUCGUUUGAAACAAUUAGAGGUUGAUGCUUUAGUUAAUGAACGUAAAAGUGAGUUGAAUAAUACAGAAAUUAUGUUAAAGAAGGAAAAAUUAGAUUUAUUGGAAUCGAUGAAGAAUUUAGCCUCAGCUCGUGGAGAUGAUGAAUUAAAUGAAGAAAAAGUUAAGGCAUUAGUUGGUAUGACAUCAAAAGAAUAUUUAGAAAAAAUUAAAGAAAGUGAAAGGCAAACUUCUCAACCUACAAUGAUUGAAAUUCAUGAAGAGGAAGAAGAAGACCCAGAGGUUAAUUUUGUUAGGCCAGAAAUAGAACAGAGUGUUACACCUCAGAAAAUGAAGGCAAAUCCAGAAAUUGAAGUUGAAACUGAAACUAAAACUAAAACUAAAACCCCAAUAUCUCUUACAGAGGAAAUAAAAAGUUUAAGCAAAUCACCACCAUCCUCACCUAUAAUUUCAAAACCCAUGACAGUAAAUAAACAAGAACCGGUUUCCCCCGUUACAACACCAUCAAAGAAGGGAAACUUAUUCAAGAAGUUUUUCAUUGGUAGUUCCCAAGAUCAUAAGGAUAAGAUGAGUUCACCAACGCAAACUAAUAAUAAUAAUGACGUUAAAGAACUCUUGAAAAUGAAUACUACGAUUGAUGAGAAUGAACAUAUCCAAAAGAUAGAACAUUUGUCAGUGGACAAUACGAAACCUAAACCUACCACAACGGAAGGAGAGGGUUUACAGCGUGUGGAAUUAAAACCAACAUUUAGUGGAUUUUCCCAAGGUUCAAUAGCUGAUGAUCAGGUAUCAUCAGUCAAUGAAAAAGAUGUUAAUGAUACUCAAGCAGUACCUUCUGAUGAAAGUGAAGAAGGAUAUUUUAAGGAAGUGUUUAAUUAA